AUGGACCAGGGCUGGUUGCUCACUGGCUCGGAUAAAUGGAGUCCUGAAGGUCAUGACCUUAUCGAUACGCCGAUAACAUCUGGGUCGGAGAGCUGUGCAGACGCGUUCGACAAGGACGCCAUUAAAACUGGCUUCUCGAGCCGGUCAAGGUCUAUGGUUCGUUUUAUGGGGCUGGAUAACCGCGGUGCGUCUAAUGGCGGAGGCGUGACGGGAUCGGCGAAAUCGGGGUGCAACCCAUUUAUGCUGCCUCUUGAAAAGCGCUAUGGGUGGUGCGUCGAGAUUUCGGCUCGUUUUUAUGACUUUCUCGAGGUCUGCCAUCGCUCCAAUUCGUAA